AUGGCCUCUCCAGCUAAUAAAACCACUCCCACUACUUACCAAGAGAUUCCCAGAGUGGGAACAAGCUCUUCUCAACCUAAGAUUACUCAUGCAAUCCCUUUAGCGGCUAUCCCACCAAUCCAUGCCAUUGCUGAUAAACCUUUUGAAGCACAAAACCAUCCAAUUGCGGCUCAAAAUGCUCAGGCUAGUAAGUCAAGCAUACCACCACAAAAGGAAGUUGUCAAACCAAAGAGAAAGAGAACAGUUGAGGAUUUCACUGUAGUCCCCUCUAACAGUGAACAUUCUAAAGAGCUAAGCCCUUCCCCAAGAGCAAGAAAACCUACCCCUAAGAGAAGGAAGGUUUCUCCUAAGGAACCAUCUUAUCAAUCAUCCAUGCAGGCUCCCCCAUAUACAGAUAAUUCACAAGAGGAAGGGUCUAACCCUCAAGAGGAAUCCUCGAAGCCCAAAAGGAGAUGGGAUCCUACAAAAAAUGCCACACCCUCAACUGCAGUUGCAUCGGAAUAG